AUGUCAACGAUGAUGUUAAUUGUGGAAACAGAUGAAGAGGAGCAUAGUGAAUAUGAAAACAAUGAUGAUGAAAUCAUGGGUGGUGUUUUCACUGAAAAUUCUUCAAAAUCACCAAGAAUUGCUUCUACAAACGAAGAACUUCAACCUAGUCCUUCCAUUGCAACACAAGCUAAAUCAAUUAUGAAUCAACAAAAUAGUAGUCAAAUUCCCACCAAUGUUGACCCUUCCUCAGCACCUAGUACUCCUUUAAUAAAAAAUGAAUUUGUAGCAAUUCAACAAUCACAUUUACCAAUUCAAUUAGCUCCACAUACUCCCCAACAUAUCGUUCAAAAAAUUCAACAGGCUCAACAAUUAUCACCAUCACUGCUUCACACUCCAUUACGAGAUGAUGAUUCAAUUUCUGCUUCAUCAACACCUCAAACAACGCCGAGUGGUAGUAGACCUCCCGUAGGUAGUGAUGAAUGGAAUCGACAACGUCGUGAAAACCAUAAAGAGGUUGAACGUCGUCGACGUGAUACAAUCAAUGCUGGUAUUAGUGAAUUGGCAAAGAUUGUGCCUGGUUGUGAAAAAAAUAAAGGUAGUAUUCUCAAUCGAUCAGUCCAAUACAUUCAACAACUUAAAGAAAACGAAAAUACUAAUAUUGAAAAGUGGGAGUUGGAAAAAUUAUUGACAGAUCAAGCUAUUCAAGAAUUACAAGCACAAGUUGAACUUUUAAAGGCUGAAAAUGGAAGGCUCAGAGAAGAAUUAGACGAAUUACAAAAUCCAGCAAAAAAGAAACAGCGAACCGAAUGA